AUGGGGAUACCACAAUCAGGAAAGACCUUGGAGAGGCUGCUUACAUGGGCUUUGCUUCAAGAGGGGGUCCCAAGAGCUCAGUGUUCAGACUCAUGUCCAACUGGAUUCAGAAAGACACCAAAGCCAAGAGCCCAGUCUUGUUGUUAUGAUUGUGCCCCGUGUUCUGAAGGAGAAAUUUCCAACAGAACAGACAGUGAAAACUGCAUCAGAUGCCCAUACAAUGAAUGGCCUAAUAAGAACAAGAAACAGUGUAUUGAAAAAAUAGAAGACUUUCUGUCAUAUACAAAGGACACAAUUCCUGUGGUGUUUUCUGCAAUUUCAGUCAUUUUACUCCUUAUAACAGUGAUGAUAUUGGAAGUUUUCAUUUACUACAGGAACACACCCAUAGUGAGAGCCAACAACAGGAGCCUCAGCUUCCUCCUCCUUGUCUCCAUCAAGCUGAGCUUCCUCAGUGUGUUUCUGUUCCUCGGUCGCCCUGUGGAUAUAACCUGCAUGCUGCGUAACAUCACUUUUGGAAUCACCUUCUCCAUAGCUGUCUCUUCUCUCCUGGCCAAGACUAUCAUGGUUUGUGUUGCUUUCAAAGCCACCAAGCCAGGGAGCUCAUGGAGAAAAUGGGUGGGAGUCAAACUGUCCAACUCUGUAGUCUUGUUCUGCUCAUCCAUUCAAAUAAUAAUCUGCAUGACUUGGUUGGCCAUUUCUCCUCCCUUUCAGGAACUGGACCUUCACACUUACCCUGGAACCAUCAUCAUUCAGUGCAAUGAGGGCUCAGCUAUUGGCUUUUACUCAGUUAUUGGGUAUAUGGGGCUUCUGGCAGCUGUUAGUUUUGUUUUAGCAUUUUUAGCUCGGACAUUACCGGACAGUUUUAAUGAGGCCAAGUACAUCACUUUCAGCAUGUUGCUCUUCUGCAGUGUUUGGAUCACAAUGAUCCCGGCCUAUCUGAGCACCAAAGGCAAAAACACUGUGUGUGUGGAGAUAUUUGCCAUACUCAUCUCAAGUGCGGGACUUUUAGCCUGUAUAUUCCUGCCCAAAUGUUACACAAUUCUAUUUAAUCCUCAAAUAAAUACAAGAUCCCAUUUACUUGGAAACAAAUCUUCAUAG